AUGUCAGAAAAUGUUGAUGUCAAAUUAGAUAAUACUGAGAACUCUGAAUUGAAUACUGAGGAUAACGUAUUACCCGAAGGGACUUCAAAUCAAAAGAAAAAAGGCAAGAAGAAGAAAAGAAAAGGUAGAUUAAUCCAACCGCCUGCUGAUAUACAAGAUGAUAAAGAACUGUGUAAAUAUUGGUAUCAACGUUAUCGUCUAUUCUCUAGAUUUGAUGAAGGAAUACAACUAGAUAGAGAAAGUUGGUUUUCUGUGACACCAGAAAAGAUCAGUGAACAUAUCGCAGAACGGUGCCAAUGUGACGUGAUAGUGGAUGGGUUUUGUGGUGCGGGGGGCAAUACAAUACAAUUUGCAUUAUAUUGUGAGAGAGUUAUAGCUAUUGAUAUAGAUCCUGUUAAAAUAGAGCUAGCUCGUAAUAACGCUAAAGUUUAUGGUGUAGAAGACAGAAUUGAAUUUAUAGUGGGGGAUUUCUAUAAGGUAAUGCCAUCUUUACAAGCUGAUGUUGUGUUUUUAAGUCCACCAUGGGGUGGUCCAGAAUAUUUGAACAAUAAGAACUAUGAUUUAAACAAUAUGGCAUGUUUAAAUGCAUUUGACAUUUUCAAAAUAAGUCAAAAAAUUACCCAAAACAUUGCUUUUUUUGUACCAAGAAAUACUAAUAUAGAUCAAUUGACAGUUUUAGCAGGGUCUGGUGGUAAGGUUGAAAUAGAACAAAAUAUUCUUAAUUCCAAGUUGAAAACAAUUACUGCUUAUUAUGGUGAUCUAUGUCUUGAUGGAGAAACUCAGUGA